AUGCCGCACAUUUUCGUGCCUCCUGUCGCGACGCAGCGAGCUCAUCCAGCAGCAAGAGAAUUAUCCUCAGCAAGGAAGAAGCGCAAGAGAAAGAAAGAUGACGAUGCACAAGACGGGGAAGAAGCCAGCCAGAUACUAUAUGAUAUGAACAGUCAAAGUGAGACUGUCGCUAAUCUCGACUAUACCGCUGUCGUAACUCCACUCGAGAGGCUUCAACGCCGUGUCGCUGGGCAGCCGCUGGACCAGCCUCCACCACCGUUCCCCUUCCCGCACACCGAGGUACCUUCGCAGAAGAGCUGGGCAGCACGAGGGGAUCUCGACGAGGAAAGGAAUAGCUCACAGGUGUCAAGGUUAUCGGACAGCUCACGGUCUUUGCAUAUCCAGCAUCUCGCUGCCUUGAGUACAAUAGUGCACCGGUCGCUCCUCGACGAUGAUUUCCCUCGGGCUGCUCGCGCUCUGGGCUUGCUCUUCCGCGAAGAUAUCGUCAGCAAAAAUGCUGCCGUUCGCACUCAAGGCUAUAUGGGCAUUGCGGCUGAAGUGCUUCUGCGUAAUGGAUCUGCCAGAGAACCAAAUCCUAGCCAAAGGAUCUCUGCGAUCCCAUUCACCCUUGAGGGUUUCGAGAGAGCCAAACGCUUUUACGAGCGACUUAUCGUUAGGCAUCCGUAUCACAAGUCAUGGCCCGAGGCCGUCAACGCCGUUGACUAUUACCUCGCCAUGUUCAAUCUCUGGAUUUAUGUGGUGCAGGCCCAAUAUGCGGCUAAGUCAACAACGCACGGGGACGAUGAAAGUGACGUCGGGUCCGUCACCUCUUCUCCUCGCGUGGGCAGGUCGGCCAAUCAACCAGACAAGAAGGUGAGGGAGCUUGAACAGGCUGACCAAAUCGCCUCCAGGAUGGACUCUUGUAUGGCCACCGUUCCGUAUAUGGAUGAACCAGAGCUUAUCAGACUCCGUGCAAUGGUUGCCCUCUGGGUGGCUGAUCUCCACGAAGACUGUGCAUAUCUCUCUAGCCUUGGGGACGUGAAAGCUGUCGACAUGUCCUUAGAUCCGGGUUCCCCGGUUGCACCUCUGCACGAAGACCAACCGGCCGACCACGACGAGCACAGACGCGAGGCUGCCCGAGCACGUGACAAGGCCCAUGACCUCCUCUCACGGUUGGAAGGUGAAGCGAGAAGCGACGGCGGAUGA